UAGGAAUUGGAAACAGUCAAGUAGAUAGUCUACUAUAGUGCAGUCGGGAAGUUCAAAGUUUGUGAAGCUAAACCUUUUCGCAGUCGUGGCCGCCGCUAACCUCUCUUGAAGUUGUUAUGGAGCCGCCACAUGAUUAUUACGAGAGGGAGAGGAAGAGGAAGAGGAAGCCUUUAAGAGUCACCAUAAACGCCCCGGAACGGCUGCUGUCUUCGACGGUAACGCAAUCGCAGCCGCUGCCGUUUCUUCCGAAUGAACUCAUCAGAGAAAUUUUGCUGAGGCUUCCAGCAAGGUCACUGCUUCGGUUACGGAGAGUGUGCACUUCAUGGAAAACCCUAAUUUCCAGCUCCCAAUUCGCCAAAGACCAUCUUCAACAUUCAACCGCCGCGGAUCCAAGUUUGAGUGGGCCACGAGUUGCUUAUCAUCAUAAUUACCGCGACGGAUUCGGAGAUUUCUCCUUACGCUCCUUGGUCGAGAACCCUUCCAAACCUACGGAAGUCGUUCUCUUGGAGGAGAGACUUAACCACACAGUUAUUGGCUCUUGCCAUGGAUUGCUGUGCUUGCGGUUUGAUGUUGUUGGCAUCAACACCUGUGUCAGGUUCAGGUUGUGGAAUCCCUGUACUGGAUUAUUCACAACCGCAUCGGUGGAAUGUGGGGAUUUCUUAUCAGAUCGCGGCUUCGGCUAUGAUCAUGUGAAUGACAAGUACAAGCUUGUUGUGACUGUAAAGCACAGGCGGGAAUAUACAACUAGAAUUUAUACAUUUUGCCGCAAUCCUUCCAAGAGAGCCAUUCAAGGUAUCCCAUUUCUCAGCAUAAAGGGUGAUGAUAAAGGGGUAUUUGUUCCUGGCACCGCCACUCUUAAUUGGAUUCGUAGCCAUGCCAUCCUGGGUUCCAUGGUUUUUUCCCUUGACUUGGUGAAGGAGACUUUUAGUGAGUUUUCUCUGCCGCUCAAUGAUCCGGAUGAUAAAACCUUCUUCUCCCCACAGUUAUGUGUGCUGAGGAACUGUCUUGCAUAUUGUUUUGAUCAUGAGAAAACUCGUUGGUUCGUGUGGGUCAUGAAGGAGUAUGGAGUGCCUAAAUCUUGGACUAAAUUGGCCAUCAUCCCCUCCCUUCCGUGUCUAUCCAAUUAUCAUUUUCGUCCAUUGUAUAUCUGGGGAAACAAUAUUCUUGUGGCGGUUGCAACACCUUCAAGGAUAGUUCUGUAUAAUUUGGAUAAUGGUAGCUUUGAAUUUCCUCUAUUGAAACCUACUCCUUCAAUAGGAUUGUACGUCUUUAUUUAUCACGAAAGCUUAGUUUUACCACCAUAUCCUGAGCUUCCAAGUAGCUCUUUCAGUUAAUCAAACCCUAACGGACAUGCUGUCUUCUGAAUGGUUUGAUUCUAGUCAAC